CAUGUCCUGAACGCCAACGAAGACUGGUCAAGCCACCAACGUGCCUGUCACAGCUGAAAGUUCGAUUGAACUGGCCAAACGCGCCUUCGCGUUGAAAAAGUACGAGCAAGCCAUCGACCACUACGCUACUGGCCUUGAACUCAGAACGAAGGAAGUCGGAGAGAACGCCCCCGAGACCGCAGACUUGUACUUCUCGUACGGAAAGGCACUGCUUGAGAACGCGAUUGCACAAAGCUCGGUAUUGGGGAAGGAGCAGACGGAGGAUGCAGCCGACGAACAGAACAAAGCUUCUGGCUCUGGUCCCAAAUCGAAUGGCCCAAUUCUAUCGUUCUCUGGCGAUGCGGAAGACAUGGAUGAUGAUCAACCCGUCGAUUUGUUUGCCCAAGCUGCAGCCGGUGCCGACGAAGAGGAUGGCGAUGGAGCAGAGGGGGAAGAAGACGACGGAGAGCCGGAAGACGACUUCAAUGCUGCCUGGGAAGUCCUUGAUCUCGCUCGCGCCAUCUAUGAUAAGCAAAAGGAUGAGGAAGGCGAUGAAGAGGUGAAGCUUAAGUUGGCGGACACCUACAUCGCUUUAGGAGAUGUGUCGCUGGAAACAGAAAAAUUCGAUCAGGCCAUUACAGACUACGAAGCUGGCCUAAAGCUUAAGCUUGAAAUCCUUCCCAAUUCGUCUCGUCAUAUUGCUGAAGCGCACUACAAACUCAGCAUGGUCCUUGACCUUACUUCGGGGCGGCUGUCCGAUGCUAUUGCACACGCCCAGAGCGCUGUUGGAAGUGUUGAGGGCCGUCUAGCCGAACUUAAAGAAGGUCUUGCUGGGACCCUCCCUCCCCUGUCUGCAGCGUCCGAGGAUGCCAAGGGCAAGGGUAAAUACACAACGAAACGUCUCGUGCGAGACGAUUAUGUGCAGAACAUGUCGAAGACCCAGAUCGAAAGUGAGAUCAAGGAACUGUCAGAACUGCGUGAUGAUCUUGCACUCAAGGUUGAGGAAAUGAAGACAUCUCCUAACGAGACACUUGGAGGUAGUGCGCCGGCGUUGGCUGCUCAAGCACUAGACAAGGAACUCAACGCCGGAUCGUCAUCUUCAUCUGGUGCUCCGGCUGUCGUAAACGACUUGACCUCCAUAGUGAAGAAAAAGAAGAAACCCGCCCUAGAGGAUUCGAGCGCCGCCAAGCGCAAAGCUGAAGGAGACGCUGAACCCGUCAACACAGAUAAGAAGGUCAAAUUAGACACUCCUGAAGCAUG